AAUAAAAUGUAAAAAUAAUUAAAUUGAGUGAAGAACUGUUGCGAUAAAGCUUUAGGAUUGGUUUGAAUUUGGAUGAGAGAAAAAUGAAAAUGGCAGUGAAACCCUUGCCACUUCCCUUACCCUUAUUCAACUGCUGCUCAUCAUGUUGUUCGAAACCAGCAACUAGUGUGGGUGUGAAUCUGAGCAAGGCCUCAGGCAGAAGGGGAAUUGUAAUGGUGGGUAUUACUAUUAUAGUUGGGUCAUUGGGUUUCAAUUGUGGUCAGAAAUUGGCAAAUGGGUUGGAGAUGGGAAUGGUGAGUCCGGAUCAGACAGUUGAGGAAGCCCAGAAAGGAAUAAGAGGGCAUGUUGUUGCUCUGUUAAAGGUCAAAGAUUUAAUUGAUUCACACUCAUGGAGUGAAGCUCAGAAGGCUCUUAGAAAGACCUCUGCCUAUGUCAAGCUUGAUUUGUAUACUAUUAUUCAAGCUAGCCCUCCAACUCAAAGGUCUCUACUUAGAAAGCUCUAUUUUCAACUUUCCAACAAUGUCUCCAAUCUAGAUUAUGCAGCAAGGGAUAAGGAUGCAAUUCGUGUGUUGAAGUGCUAUGAUAACAUUGUGGUGGCUGUCAAUGACAUCUUAUCCACAAUUUCAUCCAUUUAGUUAUUACCAUAUUCAUCAUCAAUUGGUAGGAAUUUUGGGUUUAAUUGAAACAAUUAUACAAACAAUAUGGUAACAUUUGAUAUAGAAAUAUAUUUUUUUGGCUUA